UUUCCGUUGACCUCCCGCGAUCCAACCACAGAACCCGACAUCGCGGAGGGAGAGAGAGAGAGAGAGAGAGAGGUCCGAGCAGCCAUGGCGGAGAGAAGAGGAGGCGAUGAGUGGCAUCGUUCUCCGCGUCUCAUCGUGCUCCUCCUUGCUCUUUUGCUGAUGUUCAGAGAAGGGGAUGGGUCGUCGUCGGAACCUUUCUACAAGAAGUUAUCCGGGAUUAUCAUCCCGGGGUUCGCAUCGACGCAGCUGAGAGCUUGGUCGGUGCUUGAUUGCCCAUUUUCUCCGCUGGACUUCAAUCCUCUUGAUUCCGUAUGGCUUGAUACCACAAAGCUUCUCUCUGCUGUGAACUGUUGGCUUAAAUGCAUGGUGCUGGACCCUUACAACCAAACUGACCAUCCCGAAUGCAAAUCAAGGCCUGACAGUGGGCUUUCGGCAAUAACAGAGCUGGAUCCUGGGUAUAUAACCGGUCCCCUUUCUUCGGUAUGGAAAGAAUGGCUAAGAUGGUGUAUUGAAUUUGGCAUCGAUGCCAAUGCAAUCAUUGCUGUCCCAUAUGAUUGGAGAUUGUCAGCAUCAAUGCUUGAGGAGAGAGAUCUCUACUUUCACAAAUUAAAGGUAACAUUUGAAACAGCAUUAAAACUUCGAGGUGGGCCCUCCUUAGUUCUUGCUCAUUCCUUGGGAAACAAUGUUUUCCGCCACUUCUUGGAAUGGUUAAAGCUAGAAAUCGCCCCGAAGCAUUAUGUGCAGUGGCUCGAUGAACAUAUACAUGCCUAUUUCGCAGUUGGUGCUCCCCUUCUUGGUGCUACUGAAUCAGUCAAAGCAACACUAUCUGGAGUCACAUUUGGCCUUCCAAUAGCUGAGGGAACUGCUCGCUUGAUGUACAAUUCAUUUGGUUCUUCUCUAUGGUUGAUGCCAUUCUCAAAGCAUUGUAAGUCUGAUAACAUAUAUUGGAAACAAUUUUUUGAGGGAAGAGGCAGCCGUCAUCACAAGCCCCACUGUGAUGACACUGAAUUUCGAUCAAAUUAUUCCGGAUGGCCCACAGACAUAAUAAAUAUCGAGGUUCCUUCUAUGCGAGGCAUGGAUGCCUAUCCAUCUGUUGCUGAAGUAGCUGAGGACCUGGCUUCUAACAUGGAAUGCGGAAGACCUGUCCAAAUGUCAUUUUCAGCUCGGGAAGUUUCUGAUGGGACAUUCUUCAAAGCAAUUGAAGACUUUGACCCUGAUAGCAAAAGACUCUUGCAUCAACUCCAGAAAUACUAUCAGGGUGAUCCAGUUUUAAAUCCUCAUACACCUUGGGAAAGACCUCCAUUGAAGAACAUCUUUUGUAUCUAUGGUAUUGAUUCAAAGACUGAGGUUGGUUAUUAUUUUGCACCAAGUGGCAAGCCAUACCCAGACAACUGGAUCAUAACUGAUAUCGUUUAUGAAUUAGAGGGGACCCUGCUAUCGAGAUCAGGGAACACAGUAAAUGGAAAUCCAUCAGCUGUUAGUGGAGAUGAAACUGUACCUUAUCACUCCCUUUCUUGGUGCAAGACUUGGCUUGGCUCCAAAGUGAACAUAACAAGGGCGCCACAGGCAGAGCAUGAUGGAUCUGAUGUACAUGUCAGGUUGAAUGUAGAUCACCAUCCAGGUGAAGAUAUACUUGCAAACAUGACAAGGGCUCCCCGGGUUAAGUAUAUAACAUACUUUGAAGAUGCUGAAAGUAUUCCAGGAAGGAGGACAGCAGUUUGGGAAUUGGAUAAAGCAAACCACAGGAAUAUAGUGAGGUUGCCAGUCUUUAUGCGGGAGCUGUGGCUCCAAAUGUGGCAUGAUAUCCAUCCUGAUGCAAAAUCAAAAUUUGUCACAAAAGAGAGGCGAGGUCCCAUGAGGGAUGUAGACUGUUACUGGGACUAUGGAAAAGCUCGUUGCGCCUGGCCUGAACAUUGUGAAUACCGGUAUGUCUUUGGGGAUGUUCAUCUUGGUCAGAGCUGCCGACUGAGGAACUCCUCUUCGGACCUUCUCCUACACUAUCUUUAGGGUUGGUUCACUUAUCAACCAUGACCAUAUGGUUCAGUUGAAAACCAGAUGAAGGGUACCAUGAAAUGUUUAGAGUGCAGCAUCAUAGGUUGGAAGGGAUCAAAAUUCACAGUUCUGUCAGAGUUCUGCAACACAGUAUUAGCUUCAUUUCUGUAUUGUUUCUCCUUCAUUGUAGAGAAUAUGCAUAUAAAUGUUGUGUCAUUUGUCAUAUGAACUACAAAGAAGUACUCCUUUCAUUUGUACACUAGAUACAAAUUGCCUGCCUUAAUGGAGUUUUUAGAAUGUAAUAAAAAAGGAGAGAAGCCUUAUUACC